AUGGACGGUGGGAGUAAGACGUCCAACACCCACCAGCGACGGCUGCAACAAGUCGACGGGAAUGAGGAGCCAUCAAUCAAGCCAGAGCGAGAUACAACAGCGCAAGAUGAGCAUUCAGCCGAGCUAUUGUUCACCUAA